AUGUGUCCUUGCCAACUCCGCCCCCCCCCCUUUCACUUUGCCCCUCCCUAUUUGUUAUCUUGUUAUGCAGUUUGCACCAGUCGGUGCUGGGUGGAGACACGGGCGUACACAGAUCUUCCUUCCUUCCUCCCUUCCUUCCUUUAUCAUACUUUCUCUUCUUUAGUUCACCUUUCAACAUCAUUUUUUUCUUUCAAUAUUUUUCUUUCUUGCCUACCUUCUUCCCUUCGUUUGUUCGUUCGUCUUCUCUCUUCUUUUAUUUACUCUUUCACUCUUUUUCCACCUAUCUUCCUUAUUUCAGUUACCAAAGUUACCAUUGUUUUUUUUUUCUUCUUCCACCCUUCCUGCCCUCUUUCCCUUCUUCCUUCUUAUCUUUAUCUAUUCUUCUUCCUGCUAUUUUUUUCCUUCAUUUAUUCUUUCAUUUCUCGGAUGCUAACAUGUGUCCUUUCUUUACCUUCUUCCUUCUUUCCUAAUUCUUUUGAUAUGUCUCGACAUCUUCUUUCCUUUUAUGCUUCUGUACUUUUCUUGUUGUCACUUUAUACUCUCCUUCCUUCCUUCCUUCCUUCCUUCCUUCCUUUUCUGUUCUCCUCCACAUUUUAUCUCUUUAUACUGUCUUUUGUUAUUUCUUUCAUAAAUGAUGACAGCUUUCUUACCUUGGGAGACACAUUGGUCCAGCUUGCCAAGCAACUACUACUUGAACUGAUUUUGCAAUAUCCAACACAAUUUAAAUGUCUUCUUCCUCUUCUUCUUCUUCUUCUUCUUCUUCUUCUUCUUCUUCUUCUUCUUCUUCUUCUUCUUUUUCAAUCAAUUUUCUUUCUCUUUGCUUUCUUCAUUCUCUUCGUUGCUUACGUCAGCAAUGGACGCGCCAGAAGAAAACGGAAAAUAACCAAAUUAAAAACAAAAAUCUUGUUUUCCAUUUGUCUUCUUUUUAUCUUCUGUCUUAUUUGUGUAACUGAAAAGUUAUGA